UGAGCGCUUCAAACGCAGGCGCUCCGGGCAAACCUGUGCAGACUCACGUCUGGCAGACUCAACCGACUUUCUGAAGGACUAACGCGGACGAAACGAAAAUGAAAAGGAAUCACGAUUUUAGCUCCUCGGACAGCGAGCUGGACGAAACUAUUGAAGUGGAGAAGGAGAGCGCAGACGAAAAUGGGAAUAUGAGCUCUCCUCUCGGCUCCAUGUCUCCCACCACAUCAACUCAGGUGCAGGCUAGAAAAAGGCGCCGAGGAAUUAUAGAGAAACGGCGCCGCGACAGAAUCAAUAACAGCCUGAGUGAGCUGCGUAGGCUGGUUCCCAGCGCGUACGAGAAACAGGGUUCAGCCAAACUGGAGAAAGCGGAGAUCUUGCAGAUGACAGUUGACCACCUCAAGAUGCUCCAUGCAGCUGGAGGCAAAGGUUACUUUGAUGCCCAUGCCCUGGCCAUGGACUACCGUGGCUUAGGUUUCAGGGAGUGUCUGGCUGAGACUGCCCGCUAUCUGAGUAUCAUCGAAGGCUUGGACAGCGCAGACCCUCUGAGGAUCCGUCUGGUGUCCCACCUGAACAACUACGCCAGCCAGAGAGAGGCUCACUCCGGUCUGAGCCACCUGGCGUGGGGCUCCGCUUUUGGAUCCCCUCCUGCCCACCUGACGCACCCCCUCCUCCUGCAGCACCAACAGGGGACGCCGUUGGCGCCUCUGCCCCGCAGCACCACCAGCAGUCCGCAAACUCCCCUGUCGUCCGCGUCUACUUCAUCGCCCUCCUCUUCCUCUUCGUCCUCGUCCUCCUCGCUGGUCGCAGAGACUCACGUCCCGGGCAGGCGCAGCGGCAGCGCCACCCCAGACCAAGGUCCGAUCCGGGUUCCCUCCACCUCAGCUGCUCCCACCACCGUCCUGCACCCCGCCUUGGUUCCCUCGUCAGCGUCCAAGCUCUCGCCUCCUCUCCUCUCCUCCCUCUCAGCGUUCCCCUUCGCCUUCAGCGCCUUCCCCAUCAUCUCACCCACCACUGGCAUCACCCCCCCGGCCCAGACUUCCAGCGUGGGCAAACCCUACAGACCCUGGGGCAUGGAGAUAGGAGCGUUCUGACUGAAAUGAAACUCUGAAUACAGACUCACUUCACAGCUGAGCUGGACUCAAGGACAAGACUUUAUUUUCCCCGCUAAGAAAGUGCUAUUUUUUUCUAAGAUGUUGACAUCCCACAGAGGAUAUAGAUAACGCGUUUCUAUUCUCUUUAUUGUUUUGUAUAUAGAAGAAAAGCGGUGAAGAGGGAGACCACGACUAAAAGACAACGAGAGUGAUUUAUUGUGUUGAUUGAUCUCGGUUCCUGCCUUUAGAAGUUUCACCCGCUGUAGUCGGCCUGUCAGGGAUGGCUUUUCCAGAUGGUCAAGCAGUCGCCGUCUGACAAGUUCCUGGGUGAAAGUGUUGGUGCCCUGGUUACAGGGAGGAAGAGGAGGAGGAGGAGGAGGGGGUUGAGAGUCACCCCCUUUUUACAGCAUUUUAUGGGGUGGAAUAACUGAAACCAGGUGUUUGUUUCACUAAACACUGGGAACAGAAGUUGGCUGAAAUAAAGUGAACCCUGAUUUGCCCACAAGCUCCUGCGCUCAUAUGGUGCUCUAUUGUCUUCCCCCAAGUUACGUUUCCUCUCCACAGUAAAUUCUGUCCUUAACAAACAACACUUCACAUAUGUUUUACCAGUUUUUUUGUUGUUGUAAUGUACAUGAUUUUUUUAUCAACUAGUCUCCAAGUUAUUUCCUUGUAUUUGCUCAGCAGGAUUGUCAGUGAAUAAUCUUAGGGAGUUCAUCUUUAAAAGCAAAGCGAUACAACCUAUAAAAAGUCCAGGCAUUUAUAAAACACCAGUGCAUCUUUUUUUUUUUUUCCACCUUACACGUUGGUGUCUGCUCGCGAACCUCGCUGUGUAUAUUUUAUGGUUGUACAAAGCACAAACUGUCAAAUCAGAUUUCUCAGCUUGUUGUCGCCUCGUGGUAAUGACAACUUCCCUGCAAUAAAAAGACUUCUGAUAAAUUA